AAAGCUAUCAGUUGGCUGGAACUAAUGUGCGCAGCCUUAAAAAUCGUUUUUUAAGAACAUUUUCAAAUUGUGACUUUGUUUUUUUUAGAAGUUAUAUAAGUUUUUUUUUCAAAAUGCGUACGGAUUUGCCAGUGUGUAAAAGAUGCUGUUUCUGUGUACCGUUGCGGUAUGGCUUGCUCACAUGGGCAUACAUUAAAUUGAUUUGUAUGAGCUUAUUGUCACUUGGCAUCAUGGUGUCACUGUACCAUAUGGUGGGCAUGUAUAUGGAGUACCACAUGCCGUCACAGAUGCACAAUAUCAUCUUCAUGAGCGUGAUAUUGACGCUCUUCGUGAUUGAAAUCAGUUUGACUAUUACGUUCAUCGUCGGAGGGCAUAUGAAAAAUGCAAAACUGAUGCGUGUGUUCUAUAUCUACAAUAUUGUGGUACUGGUAUUGGCUAGUAUCCUGAUGCUGGCCGUAGUGACGGUGCUGUUCAUCCCAGUGCAUUUAGUUAUCUACCGCAGUUGGCAAACCAUCACUAUGUGCGCUCAAUUCUUUUUCAGUCUCGUUAUAGACGUCUACUUCAUACUUCUAAUGAGGAGUGAGAUCUUAAAACUAGAAGGCAAGUACGGGUUCAGCUUCGUGAACAACGCGGCUGAGGGAGAGUGCACCAUGCAAGGAGACACUCAAAUAGAAGGAGACUGGAAGACCAUAGAAGAUGAACCGAAGAAAAUUAAAUCUGUAUCUUAGAAAUCAGGCUAAAGCGACAUACAAAGGCUAAUACAAAGGAAAAUUUUAGCUUAAUUAUUUUGCCAUAAAGUCAUAAAUCCAAUGAAUAAAUUCGAUAGUAUAGGGCCCAUUUCACCACCUUAAUUAAAGUAUUCCAUCCAGAUACAAUAGUGAAGCAGGCUCCAAGUGUUACUAAUGAAAAUGUUUAGCACAAGCAGGGUAAGCAGGCAGUAUACCCACGGUGUAUAUUUGUAAUUAACUUAAUGGUCAUAUGGUUGUAAAUAUUAUGUAGAUCAUGUCAUACAUUGUUUCAAAUGCCUCGUAGUUAACACUUUAAACGCUAUUGAUAACAAACAUAAUUAUGUAGUAACGUAGGUUAAGUUUCUUGAGAUUAAACUUAAGUUAUCUGU